AUGGCACCACAUCUACAACGUCGAGGCCCUUUGACUGACAAAGAGCUUCAGGAAUUGGCUGAUGCUAUAGAUCUAAAUAACUCUGAUAUAGAUGAAGAACUUCUUAGUGAAGAUGACCUUGAUGGUGAUAACCUUGAGGAGGAUUUGUUGGACGAGCAAGCUUUUGAUGACCAAGACAAUCCAGAGCCCGAUGAUGGUUUCGAUUCUGAAGAUGACCUGCUCCUAGCGAGUUUAAUUCCAUCACAUUCCGAAAAGUGGAUUCGCAAUAAAGUCUUUGUUCCGCCGAACCACAUGGAUUCUAUAAAUUACAGCGGCCAAGUUGGAAGACCUUCUGAAUAUUUUCAAAAAUAUAUCAGUGAUGACUUCUUUGAAAGUGUUUCUGAACUUACAAAUAUGAGGGAAGUAAGCGAAACAGGACAUUCAUUGGAUACUACUGCUAGCGAGAUUAGAAAAUUAUUUGGCUGUACCAUGCUAAUAGGAAUUUAUUCACUACCACGUUUGCGGAUGUUUUGGGCUAACAGCACUAGGGUACCCAUAGUGUCGGAUAACAUUACAAGAAAUCGAUUUUUCAAGUUACGCUCUCGUGUAAAAGUUGUAGAUGACAAUAGGGUGUCCCCAGAGGCCAAAUCGCUUGAUAGAUUCUGGGAGGUAAGACCUCUCCUUGACAGAGUACAAAAAGUAUGUCGCAUAAAUGAAAGAACUAGCAAGGUGUCCAUCGACGAACAGAUGAUACCCUUUGCUGGCCAAGUCACCAUGAGACAAUUUGUGCGUGGUAAGCCUAACCCAAUAGGCCUCAAAAACUUCGUAAUGGCAACUCCGACUGGAGUCCCGCUUGAUUUUCACAUCUAUGAAGGUAAGGGCUCAUCGGUGGAACCGGCGUUAUUAGCAGUCCCAGAACAAUUGGAUGUUGGCGGGAGAAUGGUCCUUAAAUUGGCAGAUACUCUUCCUGUAGGAGUUUCAGUAUUCACAGACAGAUAUUUCACUUCGAUCCCCCUGAUAGAUUUUCUUUCCUCACAUGGCAUUACUUUAGCCGGAACGAUAAUGGCUAACAGAAUUCCUAAAAGUGCUAGUCUUCUACCUGACAACGAACUGAAAAAGAAAGAGAGAGGAAGCUAUGAUCACCUUGUGCGGGACGACGGCAAAAUAAUACUCAUGAAGUGGUUCGAUAACAAACCUGUAAACUUUGCUUCAUCCUGCAUUGGCGUGGACCCAGAAGGAACUUGUAGUAGGUGGUCUAAGGUUGAGAAAAAGCGUGUUGAUGACAAACAGCCAGCAGUUGUUAAAAACUACAAUGCUUAUAUGGGUGGAGUAGACCUUCUAGAUCGCGUAAUUGGAAAAUAUGCAAUGAGAAAUCGGACAAACAAAUGGACUGUGCGAACUAUUUUUCAUUUUAUCGAUUUCUCAGUAGCAGCAGGCUGGCUGGAAUACCGUGAAAAUGCCAAAGCUGCCGGCUUACGUAGAAAGGAUAUUAUGGAUUAUUUUGAUUUCAAACUAUCUGUUGCCAAAACACGAGUAUUAGAAAAUCAAGACCAGGAAGAUAUAGAAUCUGAAGAAGAAGUUCAACCAGGGAACAAACGACGAAGCGUCCAACCCAUUCCCGACAAGAGAUGCAGGCUUCAGGGAAAUACACAUUUGGUAGAAUUUAUGAAAGGCAAACAGAAAUCACGAUCCAAAUGCCGUUUGCCUACGUGGGAUAAACUAACUUUUGCAAAAUGUAAAUCUUGUGGUGUAUUUAUGUUGUAG